UCCCUAAGUACUCUGACUGAGGUCUCUGGUCAUUUUCACUCAGGUUUACCACCUGUCGCCGUGGUCGCUCAUUGUUGUAAUCUGUACUUUGACUACGUACAUGAUCAGUUCCAUACCCUGUUCCAGCGGCCAGCCUUCAUGGCGAGCCAAGCCAGAUGAUCGUGCUAAACAGCAUCUUCAAGAAAGUCAAUCAGCUCAAUGUCAAGACUGCGCGAUCUCAUGACGUUGCCACGAUCCUCAGGGACGUUCAAGACGUCAUGUCACAGCUGGACGGCUGGGAAGCGUCACUACCAGGAUACAUGCAAGAUACGCAAUCAAACUUGUCUCAUUACGCGGCACAAGGUCUCGGUCGAGUCUUCGUUACUGUUUACCUUGGUAUUUACCACUACGGUCAACUAUUAACAUAUCAGUUCCUUCACCAUAACGCAAGUGAUGAUCCCACAACUACCAUUCUCUCACAGCGAUGCAAGGACUUCGCUGAGAAGCUUUGUGACAUGGUUUACACUGCACUUGACACUCCCGGCUGCGACGUUCUAUAUAACAUGGUCGGACACAUCCUUGUUAUCGCAUCGACUAUACAGAUCCAUACUUUGCUGUUCUCCUCCGACAACAAGAGCGUCAUGGCUGCCCGAGUCAGAUUGGAGCGCAAUUACACCGUUCUGCUGAGACUGCGAGAGCUCUGGUCAACUCUCGAUUACUGCUUGAUGCGGCUGAAGGUGUUCCAUCGAGCUUGCGUGCUACCGAUGGAGACGAGUUUUAAGCUAGACGACUGGAUGCUGAAGUUCCUGUCCGAAUUUGCUAAGCCCGUGAAUGAAAGAGACCAGGAUUGCUGGGCUAUCGGCGAGAUCAAUUUUGCCCCGUCUUCGGACCAGGAAGGGGAAUCACUCACGUCAAUACUUAACAUACUGCCAGAUACGUAAAGUGCCAAAAUCACAAUUUAUUUCGUGUCUUCUCCCACGAUCAGCCAACUAUUCGUGUGUAUGAUGCCUCCCUCAUCAUUGUACCGAGCAUGGCGAAGAAGCACGAUGUGUUUGGCGCACCAGCAUCGUAACUUGCAGCGCUGCAAGAACGAAAGAUCUCCGCAUUGUCAUUUCCAACGUAUAUCAAUUGCACAGUAGACGAAUUGCGCGACAAUUCGUUACCAGACUUUUGGUCUACUUUUGCGGC